AUGACUUUCAAAACUCAAUAUAAAUCAAUCUCAUCAUCUAAAUUAAGAUUUCUUUUACUCUGUUCACUUUGGUAUACUUCAUCUGCAAUUUCUUCUAAUACUGGUAAAAUCAUUUUAAAUCAAUUUCAAUUCCCUAUCACCUUAACGAUUGUUCAAUUCGGUUUUGUUGGGAUUUGGUCUUGUGGGUUUAUUUAUCUUACAAAAGGUUAUUUAAAUUAUCCAAAACAGAAUACUAUUCAGAGUACUUUGAUUAUGAGUUUGUUUUCGAUUGCUGGUCAUGUGUUUAGUUCAAUGGCUAUUUCAAGGGUUCCGGUCAGUACGGUUCAUACUAUUAAAGCUCUUUCACCACUCUUUACGGUCUUGGCUUAUGGUGGAUUGUUUGGAGUGAAAUACGGUUUUAUGACUUAUUUCUCAUUACUACCAUUAACAUUAGGUGUUAUGUUAACAUGUUCAUUCGAUUUAAACGCCAACCUAACCGGAUUCUUAUGUGCACUCGGUUCAACUAUCAUUUUCGUUUCACAAAACAUUUAUGGUAAAAAACUUUUACCACAAGAAUCAGAUGAAGAAUUAGAUACAACCAAUCCAAUCAAACCAAACCUCAUCAUUAAUAGCUCAAACUCAUCUAAAGGAAAAGUCGAUAAAUUAAAUUUAUUAUUUUAUUCUUCUAGUAUUGCAUUUAUCUUGAUGAUUCCGAUUUGGAUUUGGUUUGAUUUAUUUAAGAUUUGGUCACUUACGAAUUAUAAUCCGGAUCGAACGAUGAGUCAUCAAUCAUUACUAUUUUAUUUUAUGUUGAAUGGAUCGAUUCAUUUCUUACAAUGUAUCUUAGCCUUUUCAAUCUUAUCUCGAACCUCACCUGUGACUUAUUCCAUUGCAUCUCUCAUCAAACGGAUCUCAGUGAUUUGUUUGGCUAUCUUUUAUUUUGAUCAAUCGAUCUCUUUACUUCAAUCUUUUGGAAUGGUUCUCACUUUCUUUGGUUUAUAUCUUUAUAAUCUUUUUAAAUUUGAAAUCGAUUUAGGUGAAAAGAAAUUAAAUGGAUUAAAUUCGAUUCAUUCUAUCUUACCUAGUACAAAACAAGAUGUUAAAACUUUUUCUAAAUUCUCUUAA